UGUUGCUGCCGGAAGUGACGUCGGAAGGCUCGAGCUGAGGCGAUCCCAGCGGCCUCCCUUCUGAGGUGACAUUUUUUUUUCUCCCCCUUCCUCCGGCUUCUUCUUUUCGUCCCUCCUGCCCGGGCCGAAGAAGCGGCACCGGCCACGCCAGAGGAGGAACGGAGAGGAGGGCGGGGGGAAAAGGAGGAGCCCCGGCCCCUCAUGCUCGAGCUGGCCUUUCCCGCGGGGCCUCAGGCCGGGAAGAGCCUCAGAGGCCGCGGCGGCGGCGGCAACAACUCUGAGAAUUUGGUGGGAAACAGCCAGAAUGACAACUUUGGAUUCUCAGGUCUUCUGUCUGCAGAGCAGUGACAGCAGAGGCUGAAAGGUUGCUUUCCUGCUGAAGCCCUAGGUGAGUUUGCACUUCCACAAAGCUCUGGGUCCAACCUCUGAGACCAGGAGAGACUUAAAAUUCUGAAAUGAAGAUGGAGGCAGCAGACAGAACAGAAGAACUCAUUGACCCAGAAGUCCCACCCAAACUGUCAGAGAAACAGGAGCCUGCUCUGGGUGAAGACGGAUCUAUAGAACUGGAUAUGCCUGCUCAGAAAGAGAACCGAGCACUGGGGGAGGAUUCGGCAGUCCUCGCCUCGAUGCCCUGCUUGCUGAUGGAACUGAGACGGGACUCCUCCGAAUCUCAGCUGGCCUCGACGGAAAGCGACAAGCCGACGGCCGGCCGCAUUUAUGAGAGUGACUCUUCCAACCAUUGCAUGCUGUCCCCUUCAUCCAGCGGCCAUUUGGCUGAUUCCGACACGCUCUCCUCCGCAGAAGAGAACGCUCCCGGCCAACCUGAGACGGCGGUCGAGGGAGACUCUUCCACCGUGUCCGUGUCGACCGUGGGGAGGAAAUCGAGGCGGUCCAGAUCGGAGAGCGAAACCUCGACAAUGGCUGCAAAGAAAAACCGGCAAUCGAGUGACAAGCAGAACGGCCGCGUCGCUAAGGUCAAAGGUCACCGGAGCCAAAAGCACAAAGAGCGCAUCCGGCUACUGAGGCAGAAGCGGGAGGCCGCCGCCCGCAAGAAGUAUAACCUGCUGCAGGACAGCAGUACCAGCGAUAGUGACCUAACCUGUGACUCGAGCACGAGCUCGUCGGACGACGACGACGAAGUUUCAGGGAGCAGCAAGACAAUCACUGCGGAGAUACCAGGUCCAAGUGACAGGGAGAAACCUUCCACCAUCUUUGCUGUCAAUUGGAAUACAGCUGGCUUCAGUCGUGCUGGGGGAUCUGGAGGAGCGACCAGGGAAAUUCCAGGAUUGCUUGACAGGGGCACCGUGUGGGAUAGGAACUGCAUAGGCAGUGUCCUAGAAGAGGCCAUGAACUGCUUUGCCGAGAUGCAGAGGCAGACAGAGGAGAAGUUUCGCAUGUGGAUAGAAAAACUCACUCGCCUGGACACCGAUGAAGAAAGCAAGCAGCAACUGGAGUCCAGGGAACCUAAAGUCCCCUUAGAUGGCCAAAGAAUCUCCUCAACUCCUCAGGCAGGGAUUUUUAUGCAGGUGCCGCCGGAUAGCCAAGUCCUUCCGCAGCAGCAGCCCUUUAACUCUUACGCCGGCUGUCAAAAUACCGAUAUGGCUUUAGAGGUUCCAGAGACUUUGAAUAACAAUUUUCCAGCUCUCUUCCCUGAAAACGGGAAUAUCAUGGAAUCCAGCUUGAACCCAUCACAAACUUAACAAGAUCCUCAAGCGGCUAUGGUUAACCCAGAUCUUGACUGGAAAAUCUGACCGUUGUAAAAACAAAUAACACAUUUUGGUUCCUCCUUUUAGGCUUUUUAAACAACGUUUAUUUUUCUUGUCACCUUCUUGAGAAAAGAGAUGUCAUUUGGUUUUGCCAUUGAGAUGCUCUUCCUGGCUUUCCAUCAACAGAGCUUACCAGUUAGCGGGCUUAUUUUGUGGAUCUUACUUGUAGGAUCAAUCAGUGUAUUCCUUAACUGCUCCUUUUGCAUGCCAGAAUUGUUUAUUUGUAUAUAUAUAUAGAUAUAUAUAAAAAGAUUUGAAAUUGAAAGACUCAUAUACCAAAUCAGUAUGUCCUGUAAAUAUUUUCUUAAAACAAAUGCUAGCAUCUAUAUUGUGCAUCUUAAACAGAAUUCUAAUACUGCUUGCCAUGUUUAUUUCCUCCAUCACUUAGGGCAGAAAUUGGCUGAUUUGUGAAUUGGAAAGUUUUCGAUAAACCAUUCAUCUUCUCAUUCGCUUUCAUGCAAGUUUUUGCAUUCACAGUAUUUAUAUUUAGAGGAAUCUUUCGUUUUGUAAAAACGUACUAAUCCUAACGGCCAGAGGAAUUUGAGAGAGAAAAAUAAUAGAUCUAUCUCUCCAAGGGUUAAAUUAAUUUGGGAACAUUGAACGAGAUUAAGUGAACAUUUAGAAGCAUGCAUAAGAAUUUAUACCACCUGCCAAAACAGUAAUUGUCGGUGUGGGUGUGUUUCAUACAAUCAAAUUGUAAUGUUAUGCUAUCAAUUCUGGACUAUAUUGUGAAAUAAUAGUGGGAUUAAGUCUUGAAAUUUGGCCAUUUGUAAAUUACAAAUUGAAAGAUGUUGUCAUUUGCAGCCCAUAAAAUGCUAUCAGGCACUCAUGAAAGAAUUCAUAGCACGAUCAUUUUGAUUGCUCUUCUUUUAGUCAGCAUCUCUUGUGCUGCAUAUAAGUUCUUUCCCUGCUUUUCUAACCUUGAUGCCAAAUGACAGUUUUAAAGAUUCAAGCAUUAACAAAUAUUCUCCUCCUCCUCCUAUUGUCUGGUUUAUGAUUGACACCCUUGUUUUCCUGAUACCUGCAUUGGGUUCCUUGUUGGUUCAGAUAAUGGCAAAAACUUGGACUCUUAAAACCCACUGAGGCUACGUUUUGAGGGACACUUCUAUCUAUACAUUUAAGGCAGGGGUCUCCAAACUUGGCAGCUUUAAGACUUGUGGACUUCAACUCCCAGAAUUCCCCAGCCAGCAUGGCUGACUGACUGGGGAAUUCUAGAAGUUGAAGCCUACAAGCUGCUAAGUUUGGACACCCCUGAUUUAAGGGAUGAAAACUCUUCUGUGCCCUGAGGCAUCCCUGCUUCCAGAAGAUGUACCUCUGAAAGUAUAUGGUAAGAUUUUGUUUCGUUUUCCAAAAAUUCGUUGUUUUCAGUAUAUUCUUUCUUUCUUAUCCCAUCUCCUUGACCCUAAAAAGAAAAAUCCACGUUUUCCUGAACAUUACAAGUAAAUGUGGAAAUGGUGUGUAUGGACACAUAAUAAGAUCUUGAGUAAGUGGGUUUUGCUGCAUGGCUUUCUGGAUUGCUGCUCUUUUUUCCAUGUCUUUAUUUUUUAUUUUUAGGAACAUUUUUCUAAGCUCUUGUUCACUAAACAUUCUUCCUAGCGGUGUUGGUUGGGAAUACCCAUUCGGUGUUCAGUUAUUGUAAUUCUUUUCAGUUUAAAAUUUUCUUCAUGCCUGGGAUAGGCUAUUGAGUAAACAUCCCUUACAAGUUAGAUUUGGUCCCAAAGAAGUCAAAAGUUCUGAUGGUUCCUAUUUGGGUUUUCGCUAAAAAUUAAAAAUGUGUGUAGCCCAAUCUGGUUAAAUUUAUGCCCGACUGAUUCCUCACUCCACAGUUAAUGAGAUCUUGAAUAUGUUUACUCAGAAGUAAAUCCCACACAGGUCACUGCAGCUUUUUCUUGGUUUAGGAUUGCAACCUAAAUUUUCAAUUGUAAAAAUUGAUGGGGAAUUAACAAAUUGUUUGUUUGAGUAUGAGGAUGCUGUGUGUUUUUCUCGAGGCUGCUCCUACCACAUGGAAAGCAGUCUGUGAAAGGGAAAAAGCCCUUUGAAUGUAGUUUGUGAAAAGGCAUGCAGUGAAAUGAUAAGCAUUCAAAAACUCAAAAAGAUCUAUCAAGAUCGUGAUAUUUAAAGCAAUACCUUGGAUGCCUGUACUUUAUAGAUAUCUUCAGUUAUUGCUCAUUGAUCCAUCUUGUUAAUUUUAUCUGUGAAUGUUUUUUAAAGAAAAGGGAUUUUUUUUUAAAAAAAAUUAAAAAUAUGUAAACCGGUUUCCUACCCUCUCCUCCACAUAAUUUAUCUUAGGAGAAAUAAAGCAGCUUUUUAAAAGCUACAUUGUUCAGGGUAUCUGUUCAAAAGGCUAUGCAGGAAAUAAUAUGUAAAACAAAUGUGAAUGGUUUCUAAAAUAAGUUUGGUGUUAAUAGUUUUCCAUGUAUCAUAUUGAUAUGGAUGUGAAUUUGAUACCUUCCUAAACCUUAAAAAUGUGUACAUUUAACUGGUUUUAAACAGUAGGGAAUCUCUUUAGUAUCUUGACAAGUUGGUUUUGGUUUUUGUUUUGCCUUGAAUAAAGCAUAAAUUUGCCAUUCUUUUACAAAUUAAGAA